AUGGAGGAGAGUAAGAGCUACAGGCUCAUCCUCGAACACAGUCACGGCUCCCAGGGACCGAGGUGGGGCGUUGAGCGUUUCGGGAGGCAGACUGGUCUCCCGAUGCUUAUUGGUUUUUUGGGCUCCAACUGCGGCAACAUCGCACUCACUGUGCUCGGUGAGUCUAAACGGCGUCUUUCAACCUCCUGUGUUUCCUGCUCUGGCAGUCUGAGCAUGUGUACCUGUCUGUCUCUGCCUCUUUUUCUGCGAGUCUUUCUCUAUUUCUCAGGCUUGCUGAUUGUUCUCUCUUUAUUUCAGCUCAGUGUGCCUUUGGACACCUAUAAUUGCUCUGCCCUGCAUUCAGCGGCCAUCAGCUUUGCACUCAUUCUAUAUAUCUUAUACCUUUCAAUCAAUUUCUCAAUGAUGAGCAGAGUAGAGUCGGGUGCCUCCAUAGACACCUCAUCUCCAGGUCAGCAACUGAACUCAGUGCAGAAACGUUACAUCCAGCUGUGUAAGGACCAGUACACCACCCUGGGCCAGAACUUUUCAAAGAGAGUUAAGCAGUGCAGCGAGUGGAUUCAUGUCGGGGGUCCGUGUUACUAUUUCAGCAAAAUGACAAGCAUGGAGUCUCUGAGGAGCAGGGACAGCUGUGCAGAGAUGGGAGGCCAUCUCACCACACUGCACACCAUAGAGCAGCAUGUACAUCAGAAUGUGUGCGUGUGUGUGUGUGAUCACAGAAUGAAAUGAGAGGUUGUGCAUACCCUGCCAUGCUUGAUAUACCCAAAUCAGACAAUGCUAAAUUAUCAUGACAUCAAGACCAUAUGAUGACGAAUGACUGGUUGUAUAUGAAUAAGAUGUCGAUCGUGUAUCUCAUCUUCAAUGUGAGAGAAGUCAUACCAUAUCAUUACAUCAGAUCAUAUGAUCGUAGAUUAUUUCUCGAACUAAAUAAACUUUGAAUUUUCUCUCAAGAAACAUCUUAGAAAUAUGUUGACCUUGACUUUGAUCAGCUCCAAAAGUUAAUCAUCAGGAGUUACUUUCCCCAAUAAUAAUCCUACCAAGUUCGGUGUAAAUCAGUCUAUGCAUUAUUGAGUUAUUUUGUUUGUGUACACACACACAGACACAGAAACACACACACACACACAGGGGCGAAAACCUUACCCUGCAUCUGUGGCUAUGCUGUCAUGCAGGGUAAUGAACGCUUCUGCAGAGCCCUGCUGACCAGCAGAGGUGUUCUUAUUCGCCCUGAUUGGGUCGGUGAGUGUGUGCUGUCCACAUAAUGGUGUGUGUGUGUGUGUGUGUGUGUGUGUGUGUGUGUGUGUGUGCGUGUGUGUGUGUGUGUGUGUGACUGUGUGCGUGUGUAUCUGUAAAGAUGAAGGAACAUAAAAAAAGGCUUUGUGAGGCAAGGUCACAUUAUCUGGUGCAAAGGUAUUUAGAGUUUAAG